CAUCCUUCAGCAAACAUGGAGGCUAUCAAGAAAAAGAUGCAGAUGUUGAAGUUGGACAAGGAGAACGCGAUUGACAGAGCAGAGCAGGCUGAAACGGAUAAGAAGGCAGCCGAGGACAAAUGCAAACAGGUGGAGGAUGAGCUGGUAGCUCUGCAGAAGAAGUUGAAAGGAACUGAAGAUGAGCUGGAUAAGUACUCAGAGGCUCUCAAAGACGCCCAGGAAAAGCUAGAGCAGGCUGAGAAGAAGGCCACUGAUGCUGAAGGUGAGGUGGCAGCUCUGAACAGACGGAUCCAGCUCGUGGAGGAGGAGCUGGAUCGUGCCCAGGAACGGCUGGCCACGGCCUUGCAGAAACUGGAGGAGGCCGAGAAAGCAGCGGAUGAGAGCGAGAGAGGAAUGAAGGUGAUUGAGAACAGAGCAAUGAAAGAUGAAGAGAAAAUGGAGAUUCAGGAAAUGCAGCUGAAGGAGGCGAAGCAUAUUGCUGAGGAAGCUGACCGCAAAUAUGAAGAGGUUGCUCGAAAACUGGUUAUUUUGGAGGGUGAACUGGAAAGAGCUGAAGAGCGUGCAGAGGUGUCUGAAGUUAAAUGCAGCGACCUUGAGGAGGAGUUAAAGAAUGUCACUAACAACCUGAAGUCUUUGGAAGCUCAGUCGGAAAAGUACUCGGAAAAAGAAGAUAAAUACGAAGAGGAAAUCAAGAUUCUCUCUGACAAGCUUAAAGAAGCUGAAACUCGUGCUGAAUUUGCAGAGAGAACAGUUGCCAAACUGGAAAAGUCUAUCGAUGACCUGGAAGAAAAACUGGCUCAAGCGAAGGAGGAGAACUUGGGGCUGCACCAGACACUGGACCAGACGCUCAACGAGCUCAACUGUAUAUGACACGGCGGCCAACAAGCAAACUGCACCCUCUCUGCCAGCACUCCCCGGUCUUUCCUCUGCCUCUCUCUCUCUGUCCCAGAACAAAACAAUAAGUUAUGAACAGUGGGGGCAGCCGCCGGGCCCUGGGUCCCCCCCCCGGGCUCUGGGUCCCUCCCGGGCUCUGGGUCCCUCCCGGGCUCUGGGUUCCCCCCGGGCUCUGGGUCCCCUCCCCGGGCUCUGGGUCCCCCCCCCGGGCUCUGGGUCCCCCGUGUCCCGCCACGGCUGCGGCUCGAUCCCGGCGCCACGUCCCCCGCUGUCGUCCCCGCGGUUGCCGUCAGCGCGGCCGCCGCUUUUCCUCGCGGUCGAGCGGCUAUUUUUUUAUAUAUAUGUAUAUCUAUAUAUCUCUCUCCGAACCCCGUCGGGAGCGGUCCCGAGCCGCGGCGCUGCCCGCGCGGUGCCGCCUCGCCCCGCCGUUUCACAUUAAACGUUUCUCUUUUCCCCUCCCGGUA